AUGCGUGCAUUUCUGUUGGUAUGCUUUAUUGCGGUGACUACAGCUCAGUACAGCUAUGCCCCCCAGGUUAAUAGUAAUGGUCCAGUCAUUGGUGCUACCAACUCUGAAGAUUUGCCCCUACAAUCUCAAGUGCCUUCACCUGUGCGAGAAGAAUAUAGCAAAUCAUUCUAUUCGUACAGCGCUCCCGAACAUGAAUUCGAAGAUGUAAAUGCCGGCGAACACAUUGCCAAUGCUCUAAAGAAAAAUCUGCGCGUCGUAUUCAUUAAGGGACCUGAUAAUAAGGGUCUUGAAGAAGCAGCCAUUCAAUUAGCCAAGACAGCUGCUGAUGACCGUACUGCCAUCUAUGUACUUAGCAAACAAUCGGACAUUGGCUCUCUGGCCAAUCAAUUGCAGCAACUUAAGUCGACCACCGACACUAAACCUGAGGUUCACUUUGUCAAGUAUCGCACACAAGCUGAUGCGGAAAAUGCUCAACGUGCCAUUCAGGCUCAAUACAAUACCUUACCUGGUGCCUCCACUAGCAGUGGUCCUGAUUCUGCUCCAGUUUUGGACUUUGCCUCAAAACCGCCGGCUGCGUCUUCGGCUAAUAGGGCUGCUGUUGCUAAUCCAUCUCCUCCAUCAACUUCUGCCCCACCAUCAAGAGGUUAUGCUUCACCAAGGGGUUCUUACAUUCCCCCCAACAAGCGAUACUAA